ACUCGACUGGCGCCAUCCUUUCACUUCCAAUACUUCCGCUGCCACAGAUGCUUCACGGAGUUGACAUCCAUACACCAUAGAACUCCCACAAAUAUGUCACACACUCCACGCCCGGCUCUACAACAUGCUGUUGGCCAUACCUGCCAGCCCGCGAAUGCAACCUAUGUGCCUCGCCGCUGGCGCAGGCUUGGAGCCUGUGAUCGGUGGUUCGUUUCGCCGAGCGAGAAUGCCCUCAGUCAAUGAGCUAGGUCCGGGGACUCUCACGCACAUCCUCCUUCAAUCAACACUUCACAAUACCAACCAGCGAGUCCAGUCCAAUCACCACGAGAAUACCUGCGACUCGCGGCCGCCUUUGCUACCAGCGAACAUUGCCUUAGUGUCGAGGACACCAAGUGGCAAUGGCGGCAUCCCGCCCAAAGAUGAACCUCCUCUCCCUUCCAGCCGAGAUCCGGUUGAUCAUAGGCGAGGAUGUGCUCGAGGCCCCAAGGGAGAUUGAGCUUUCGCAAACUGGCGGAAGGACAUCCAACACGUGGGAAGCUGCGACUGGGGAGCACUACGACCUUGACACUCAGAGGAUCACCGACAUCCACAACAUAAAGUUUCUCGGCAACGUGCUGACAGCCGGAGGUCCGAUCAGCAUGCUGCGACACUGCUUCAGCAGCUUCGACGAUCUCUAUCUAUUCUUGUCAGCACACAGACCAGCAGCACUCACGCAAAUCCGCUACAUGGUUGUCCACUGGUCAUGGCUUCCUCCAGUUGGGGAGAUGCAGGCAAUGCUGGCGGGUACAGGACCAGCACCCGAUCCUCGAGCUGUCGGAGUUGCAAUUAACGGACGGGGCCAGCAUGACCAUAUCCUGGCGCUGCUGUCGCACGCGUCGCGGCUGGAGCGCUUUGCACUACGGAUCGACAUGACCAACCACUACGACUCAAAUGGUGCGUUCGAUCAACAUAUGACCGAGACAAUGCUGUCAGGAGCAUUAACGUCGAUCGAGAACAUCUUCUUACACACACCCGAUGAAGAUGACGGCGCCAACAUGUCCACUGUGACACGGUUGAUCAACCUCCCGGGAUUCUGUCUCGAGCUUCGCAUGUGCACCUAUGACGAUUCUACCAUGAAUCUGGUCGAACACCAGAUUGUCGACUUGGCUUCACUCAAGGAUGGCCUGCCCAUCGACUUUGGUGCCAACCUGCCAUCGUACGCGUUCUGGACCAGCGCGGACACUCGCAACCGUGUCAAAGAGCUCAGCAUCAAGAUCCAUCGCCGCCAGCUGCACCAUGCCACACUUCCCAGGCCUCCUCUUCCCACCGUCUCUGGCACUACACGUAUGAAGGCUGCCUAUAACGCCAGCGGUCUCACUGUUAGUGGUCUUUAUAAGGAUGUCCAAUGGCUAGACCGACUAGACCAGCCACCGAGUUCUCGAACCAGGCGGAGCAGCAAGCUCACGAGCCACAAUACCAUCGCCAAACGCGCAGCACGGCUUGUGGACCCAGCCGACGGGCUAAUCAAGCAGUCCAUCAAAGUACGAGCGAUUUACCUGUCCGGUGAGCGCAUCAUGGCUGCAGUCCGCCGCUGGGGUGGCAAUGAUGACCAGCACGUUCCGCUGUCUGCGCUUAUGAGCGACGACGGUCUCGAUGCGUUGAGCCACUUCCUCGCCGCACCAGCCGCCGAUCUCCGAGUCAUAUUCACUGCCGUCGGCCCUCUGAAACUCCUAGAGGAGCUUGGCGGCUGCCCCUGUCGACGAAGCAAAGCGCUGAAGAAAAUACAGUGCAUCUUGGAGGAGGCCGCUGCACCGCAGUGAUUCAGGCCAGGCCAAUCAUUCGUGGACCACAAGGAUUCGAUGAACAUACAGCAAGGUUAUUGUGUGUUAUUGACUACUGGAUGAGUUGUUAGGAAUUUUUGUGGCUACGGCACAAAUGUUUCCAUGCCAAGUCUGUUUGUCGAUAUGUCGAUAUGGUGUUGUUUCUGAUCUGGGGAUGUUAUCAGUACCUCGAAGACAGAUGAAUUACCUAGGCCGUACGUCCUUGGGAGAUUCCUGCUGUCUUUUACACGAUAGUGUCUGCAAAUGGACUGUUUGUAUGCCAUAACAUGGUAAUCGUGUCUGUGGCUCCCGGUGGCGGUCUGUCGGUGAAUCGUAACAGCUUGAUAACUACAGCAGAUUGAGGACCCGGCGGCU